AUGGGAGACCAUGAGGACGACGACAGAGAUGGAGAACAGGGAGGUUGUCCCAACACUCCGAAGCUACCUAUACAAGGGAAGAGGAACAUACUCAUCACAAGCGCCUUGCCUUACGUCAACAACGUUCCUCAUCUCGGAAAUAUCAUUGGAUGCGUUCUAAGUGCUGAUGUCUUUGCUCGAUAUUGCCGUCUUCGUGGCUACAAUGCGAUAUACAUAUGUGGAACUGACGAGUAUGGAACAGCAACAGAGACAAAGGCUUUGGAGGAGAAUUGCACCCCACAAGAGAUUUGUGACAAAUAUCAUGCAAUUCAUAAGGAAGUUUACAAUUGGUUCAACAUAAGUUUUGACAAAUUUGGGCGUACAUCGACUCCUCAACAAACCGAUAUUUGCCAAGCAAUUUUCAAGAAACUGAUGGAGGACAAUUGGCUUUCUGAAAGCAUGAUACAACAGUUUUAUUGCGAGACAUGCAGUCGUUUCUUGGCUGAUCGGCUUGUUGAAGGCACCUGCCCAUUUCCAAAUUGUAAUUAUGAUUCUGCACGUGGGGACCAAUGUGAUAAGUGUUGUCAGCUGCUAAAUCCAACUGAACUUAAAGAUCCUAGAUGUAAGGUAUGUUGUAAAACUCCGCAAAUUCGUGAUACAGACCAUUUAUUUCUUGAGCUCCCUAUGCUGAAGGAUAAAUUAGAGGAAUAUAUCAACAACAUGUCAGUUGCAGGAUCCUGGAGCCAGAAUGCUAUUCAAACUACAUAUGCAUGGCUUAAAGGAGGACUGAAACCCCGCUGUAUUACCAGGGAUCUUAAGUGGGGGGUUCCUGUUCCACAUGAGAAAUUCAAGGAUAAGGUUUUCUAUGUAUGGUAUGAUGCACCUAUUGGUUAUGUCUCGAUCACUUCAUGCUACACACCUGAUUGGGAGAAGUGGUGGAAGAACCCUGAAAAUGUGGAGCUGUAUCAGUUCAUGGGAAAGGAUAAUGUGCCAUUCCACACUGUGAUGUUUCCAUCCACACUUAUUGGAACUGGAGAAAACUGGACAUUGAUGAAGAGCAUUAGUGUUACAGAAUAUUUAAACUAUGAAGCAGGUAAGUUCUCUAAAAGCAGGGGUAUAGGAGUUUUUGGCAAUGAUGUGAAAGAUACUAACAUUCCCCCAGAAGUGUGGAGAUACUACUUGCUGACUAACAGGCCGGAGGUUUCAGACACCUUGUUUACAUGGGCAGACUUGCAAGCAAAACUAAAUACUGAGCUACUGAAUAAUUUGGGCAAUUUCAUUAACAGGGUAUUGAGUUUCAUUGCCAAGCCUCCAGGACUAGGAUAUGGAUCUAUCAUUCCUGAUGCUCCAGGGGUGGAAUCGCAUCUCUUGACAAAAUCAUUGGCAGAAAAAAUUGGUGAUUAUGUGGAGCAAUAUGUAGAAGCAAUGGAAAAGGUUAAACUAAAGCAGGCAUUGAAAAUUGGAAUGAGCAUCUCUAGUGAGGGGAAUGCAUAUCUGCAAGAGAGCCAAUUUUGGAAGCUUUACAAGGAAAACCAAGCUUCCUGCUCUGCUGUUAUGAGAACUUCAGUGGGGCUUGUUUAUCUUCUUGCAUGUUUGUUAGAACCUUUCAUGCCUUCAUUUUCUCUCAAGGUGCUGAACCAGCUUAAUUUGCCUCCUGAAACACUGCUUUCACUUAGUGAUGAAACUGGAGAUCUUGAAAGGGCAAGAAAACCUUGGGAAAUUCUUCCAGCUGGUCAUAAAAUUGGGACACCAGAGCCUUUGUUUAGGGAGUUGAAAGAUGAGGAUGUGGCAUUUUUUCGGAUGAAGUUUUCUGGCAGUCAAGCUGAAAGGGCUGCUGAAGGCAGACGUUGAAGCAAGGAAAUGGCUGAGCAAUUAUGAAAAACAUGGCUAUUUUCCAGAAGAAGUUUUCUGGAGGACAGCUGAUAUAUAUAGUUGUAUGAGGCAGAAGCUGGAAGGAAAUCACUGAGCAAUUAGGGAAGAUAAAACUUAGUUGAUUUAUUUUUCCUGUUACAUGGCUGCCACUCUAAUAGUUUAUA